GGGUUUUCUGAAAUUACUUUACAUAUAACAACUGUAUUAUUAGAUACCGUAUUUUUGAUCGAGCAAUCAGCGUGCAGAGGAAAAAUGUCGAAGAAGAACAACCUUGCCAAGAGAAAGAAGCAGCACGAAUUCGAUCUCCGAAGAGAGAAGCAAGACAAGGAAAAGCUAGAAAAGAAGCUCCAUGCAAAGAAAAACAAGAUGAAAGUUGAUGGUGGUGGCAAGAAAAAGAAGGGUGGAAGUGGAUUUCAGGUGGGGAAGAGAAAAUUGAAGACCAAGUUGACAGCUCUGGCUAAAGCUAAAGCUGCCCAGGCAAUGGAACUUGACAAAUGAGGUUUGACUUGUGUAAUUUUAGGAAACUCGAAAUUGAUGAUGACAGAGUUGUUUUGAGGUUCGAUAUCCUUUUUCUGUUCAGUUAUAUGAUUAUUAGGGUGUGAGCUGUACAUUAGGUGAUUAAUUUUACUGUAGAUGUUGUCUCUCUUUUCCAAUUUUGUCUCUAAUCAACUGUCAACUUUUAUCUUUACAUCUUGUAAUUGAAUUGACAAAAUUUUACACUUAUGUCUUCAUUUUGUAUUUUGUGGUGCUUGCUAA